AUGGGAACUAAUUUGAUGAACGGUAAUCACUUUCACGUGAGGUGUAUGACUCAUAUCAUGAAUCUUGUUGUUCAGGAUGGUUUAAAAGAAUGCUCUUUGUCUAUAGAACGUGUUAGACAUGCAGUUAGAUAUGUUAGGCAGUCUCCUGCGAGGUUGAAAAGAUUUCAAGAAAGUUGUGACGAUGAACAACUUAGUUGCAAAAACUCUUUAUGCUUAGACGUUCCAACUAGGUGGAAUUCCACCUAUCUGAUGUUGAGUAGGGCUGUUGAAUUUGAGAAUGCAUUUUCAAAUUAUGCUUCUCGUGAAAUUGGCCUGAGACAUUAUCUUGAAAAUUCUUAUGUUGAAAUUGGAAUCACUGCUGGUGAACUUUUGAGUAGUGAUUGGGUCCAUGUGAAAAGAAUUACCAGAUUUCUUGAGAUAUUUUAUCUUCUUACUUUGAAAAUAUCUGGAUCACGUUAUGUUACGUCAAAUAUUCAUUUUCUUGAAAUUUGUUCUGUUGCUGUUUAUUUGAAUCAAUUAAUGGCAAGCGAAGACACUGGUUUAAGCGAUAUGGCAAAAAAAAUGCAAGAAAAAUUUAAUAAGUAUUGGGGAGAUCCAACAAAAAUGAACAAGAUAAUUUUCAUUUCGUGUAUUUUGGAUCCUCGUUACAAGCUUGAAUCAGUUAGCUAUGCAUUUGUAAAGAUGUUUAGGGAAAAAGGGCCAUCUAUACAAGCAGAAAUAAAGAAGUACAUGACUUCAUUAUUUAGCGAGUAUGUAAAAUCCAACUCAAAAGGCAGCGUGCUUGCUCAAUCUUCACCUUGCUCUUCACUGGACACUUCUACUUCCGGGCUUCCUAACAGUCAAGUAAGUACCCAAAGUACAGGACUUUUAGAAUCAUUCAUGAAAGAUCUAAAGAACUAUAAAACAGCGAAUGGAGGUGUGGAUGCUAGAACGGAGUUAGAUAAAUAUUUUGGUGAAGAAACUGAGGAUGAUAGUAAAGAAUUUAACAUCCUAAACUGGUGGAAAAUGAACUCAGCUAGAUUUCCUAUUCUUGCUGAAAUGGCUUGUGAUGUAUUAGCUGUACCAGUUUCAAGUGUAGCAUCUGAAUCUGCAUUUAGUACGGGAGGACGUCUUCUUGAUUCAUUUAGGAGUUCAUUGACUCCUAAUUUAGUGCAAGCUCUAUGUUGA